ACACGGUAUAUCACUCACCUGCAUGCUUCUCCGACUUCGGCGUGGAGGCCAUCGCUAGCCGAUAGUAUGUCCUCUCGAGCCACGACACUAUCUCACCAUUUCUACGAAUGAUCGCAUCGUAAACUACACACCAGUAACUGCCGCGGCGUUUUCAGUCUAAUGUAAACCCAACGUGCACCGCUACAUCUUCGUUUGUCAGCCAUGUUUCGGGGUGCGAGCGCGCGAACCGCCAUCGUGCGGUCACGAUUCGAACACAACCACCAUCCAGAGCAAUAUGGCCGGCCGACUGUCAUUCGGGUGACAUUUCACUCUAUUUUCGAUCUCGGAAGGAUGUUUUCGAACGACUGAUUUUUACAAGCGCAGCAUGUUCUGCGAUUGCACUCGCGCGAGAAUAGAAACCGCGACACUGGUUAAUCUGCUGCGACGAUCCGCUUCAUAAGUAUCGCCGUGUGAAAAUUAAUCGGAGGAGUGGCGGCGCAACGACUGACUCUGCUACGUUGGUACAGUGGUUCGCAAAAAUCAUCGUCCACCGCACCGAUGUGAUCGAAUACAGUCUGUAGCAAAAUAUAUUUCACGGUUUAACCGUGAUGAGGAGUGAGUACCGAGCAACCAACGAGAAUGUAUAACGAGACAUUGCGUGAAUUUCUUAUAAGUUGAACAAUCAUUUGUUAAGAAAAUAAAGUGAAUUAGGCGAAAACCAAUUUUUCCUGUUUAUGCCUCUCGAAGAUUGGUAGAAAGUUAUUAUCAAACAUAAACCCGUGUAAAGACCCUCUGAUAUCAACAAAUUGAGAACAAAUAUACGGGUUUAUUUUUACCGAUGUUAAAGUAAAAUGGGCAACUCUGGCUUGAAGCAGCAUUACGAAACUGCAAAGAAAACCGGAACGUUAAAAUUGUCAGAGAGGAAACUCGACGAAUUUCCACAAAAUCUACUAGCUUUGUCGCCACUGUUACGAACAUUGGAUCUAUCGGAGAACAAAUUUGGUCAUAUUCCCGAUGAAAUUGGGAAUUUCACAUUAUUAAAGCAGUUGAAUCUUAAUCAUAACAAAUUGACCACUUUGCCCGAAGCACUUGGAACAUUGACCAAGUUAGAAUGCUUAAACGCAAGUUCGAACCAAAUAAAAAGUAUCCCUUGGUCUUUAUCUAAACUAAUGCGUUUGAAACAGGUCAACUUAUCUGACAAUCGUAUAACCGAAUUUCCUCCCAUGUUUUGCGAGUUAAAAUUUCUGGACGUAUUGGAUUUAUCGAAGAAUCGAAUUGCCGUAAUUCCCGACGCGGCUGCGGCGUUACAUGUGGUUGAACUUAACCUCAAUCAAAAUCAAAUAUCGACUGUAUCUGACAAAUUGGCGGAAUGUUCGCGCCUAAAAACUUUAAGACUCGAAGAAAAUUGUCUACAAUUGAGCGCGAUACCUACCAAAAUUUUGAAAGACUCCAAGAUUUCCGUUCUUUCUGUCGAAGGAAAUUUAUUCGAAAUGAAACAAUUUGCUAAUCUCGAUGGUUAUGAUAACUAUAUGGAAAGGUAUACUGCGGUAAAAAAGAAACUGUUUUGAGAGUUAUUCUAUGGAAUAUUCAUUAAGAAAUUUGUUAUAGACUAUAAUAAUAAUAAUUACAUAAUUAUGUUAUGACGUUGAAAACAAGCCGCAUCGUGUUCGUGCUAUUGUAUUAUACUCGAUAUCUGCGAUAGAGUAAUCAUAAAAAUAAAAUUCUUAAAUUAUUCGUGAGAUAAAAACGUUUUUAAUAAAUUGAUGAAUGCUUUUACGGAAAAGCAUUUUUAUACUUAAAAAAGCAGAUAUAUAUAUAUAUAUAUAUAUAUAUAUAUAUAUAUAUAUAUAUAUAUAUACAAAUAAUGUACAUACGAUAUAAACAUUUGUUAUAUUUGGUAUAACAUUCAGGAUUUCAGGUUGUAUUACAUGGAUUAUAAAACGAUGUCUAAACGAUAUACAUUUCGUGUUACGGUAUAAUUCUGACAGAAAUGAUCAUAUAUACGCAUAAUUUAUGGAACGUUAGUAGAACAUACAAUAAUAAUAAUAAUAAUAAUAAUAAUAAUAAUAUAUUUUGCGAAAAAUUUUUGCAUUUUUUUUUCUUUCAUGUUUCAAAUAAGCAAAAACAUCAAUUUUAAUCCCAAAAUGUUCCCCAUUUUGACAUAUCUAUACAUAUUUCUAUACGCUGCAAACUAAAUUUUAUAGAUACAAUCAAAAAUAUGUUUGAAGCAAACAUUUCCGAAAUUAUUAUAACCAGUUGUAAUAUGUAAAUGUACACAAAACUUUAUUAUUGCGUGUAUGAUAUUGCAUGAUAAUAUUGUGUAAUCUAAUUGUUUCAUAAAUUAAGUUUCGUAAAAAUAAAUUGUGCUUUUAUUUUGAACUUGUAACUUUUAUUACGUUUCCUAAUCAAUUUCUUGUCGCGUAUAAUUAUAGUAUUUACAAGUAUAAAUAUGCAGACAAAAAUUAUUUUACUAUUGCGAGUGAAAAACAAAUGAUGUUCUGCAUCCCAAAAUGGCGUGUCUGGUCUUUGCUUUCUGAACAGGAAGAGUUGCUGAAAUUAAAUAAAAAAAAUCGGCAGGUGAGUUACGGGCAGAAAAAAAGUUACUUACAUGCUUCAACUUCCAAGUUAGCAACCCUUCACUUGCGAAUACGUGAGUAGCUUAAGUAUUACUUCGUUAGGCAUAAGAGAUUCGUAUUCCAGUCUUCUGCCGAUUGGACAAUUACAGCUAAUUUUAGAGCGCAUUCAAUAUCCAAUGAUCAGCUAAUAUGUGAAUAACCAAUAGCCAAAAUGUUAUCUAGCUAUUGCGGCGCUUGUGCUUAGUACAACUGCUUAAUAUUAGAGUGGCAAAAUCGUUGUUUGUACAUAAACGUAAUAUAAAAUUGAUUUACAAAUUCAUAUUUUGCAUACAAGUUAAUUACAAGAAGCUAUCGAAAUUAUUAUUUUUCAAAACUUGAUAAAAUUAGAUGCGACGCAUGAAGAUGCUUUUUUUUCUUAAACAAAUCAUUGCAUUUAUUAACUAUAGUAUUUUAUUUAAUAGUGCUUUAAGGUCUGCUUUGGAUUAUUUAAAGUGUAACAAAAUUUAUACAGGUUUGGAGUAUAGAUGACGAGAAUGUUGUGUAUGAAA